AUGCCACCACAAAUUAAACAGGACCUGAAUCGCUCAGGUUGGGAGUCGACUGAUUUCCCCUCCGUUUGCGAAAACUGCCUACCCGAGAAUCCCUACGUCAAGAUGCUCAAGGAGGACUAUGGUGCCGAAUGCAAACUGUGUACGAGACCUUUCACUGUCUUCAGCUGGAGUGCCGAUCGAGCCCACGGCCGAAAGAAGCGAACAAACAUCUGUUUGACCUGCGCGCGACUCAAGAACUGCUGCCAGGCAUGUAUGCUGGAUCUCUCCUUUGGUCUGCCUAUCGUCGUUCGCGAUGCUGCCUUGAAGAUGGUGGCCCCGGGGCCGUCAUCCGACAUCAACCGCGAAUACUUUGCACAAAACAACGAGCGCGCUAUUGAGGAAGGCCGUGCAGGAGUCGAAGAGUACGAGAAGACGGAUGAGAAGGCCAGAGAACUUUUGCGAAGGUUAGCGGCAAGCAAGCCUUACUUUCGAAAAGGCCGGCCCGUUGAAGGCCUUGACAACGAGGCUCAAACAGGUGCAAGCUCCAGUGGUGGGCUCGGCGGUAAUCCCGCUGUGGGUGCCGGUGUUGGUGGACCAGGUCCGAUCCGGACACGGGAUUCGAGGGCCGCAGCAGCAGCUGGAGCCAGGCCAGGCAGAUCGAAGCAGGCUUUCCCAAGUGCUGCCCAGUUGCCUCCUGGGCCGCAGGACUGGAUGCCACCAGCCGACAACAACAUCAUGUCCCUCUUUAUCACCGGCGUCGAAGAUGACCUGCCUGAGCACAAGAUUCGCGAGUUCUUCAAGGCGCACGGCAAGAUCAAGAGCUUGGUUUGCUCCCAUAUGUCGCACUGCGCGUUCGUCAACUACGAGACAAGGGAGGCGGCUGAGAAGGCCGCCGCGGCGUGUCAUGGUCGAGCUGUGAUCGCAGGAUGCCCUUUGCGUGUUCGUUGGGGCGUUCCCAAGGCCAUCGGCACCAUGGAUAAGGAGCAGCGGUCACAAAUGCUCAUGGACGCUCGACGAGGACGGGGAGGCGCACGGGGGGGAGACGGGAAGGGUGGGCAAAAACAGAUCACCAGUGGCUCUGGCGCUGGAGACGAUGCUCAAUCGUCGGCUGCACCGGUGGUUGCGCCACCCCCGGGUGCAGAUGAUGGUCCGAAGUACGCUAGUCUUCAAGGCGAUUAA